AAUGUGUUCCUCGUUGUCGCGCUGCCUCCGACUCUCAUGCUAGAGCCGAACUUGGUAUUCCGUGAAUCGCCCACCGAUGGCGCUCUAUCUGUGUCCAUCGCGGCGGCCUGGGUCGGUCUGAUCUGGUAUGUCACCGUGCUGGUCGUGUGUGCCUUGGGGUAUUUUCAGAUAUGGAGAUACUUUUUGUGCCGGCCACGCCCCUCCAGUCUGGCGUCCGACAGCCACGCCCCCCAUGUCACCGCGAUCCGACCUGUCAAAGGUCUCGAGCCACAUCUGUACGACUGCCUCGCCGCGACCUUUCAGCAGGAUUACCCCCGUGACAAAUUGAUGGUCUGUCUCUGCGUCGAGACUCGCGAUGACCCGGCCUACCCAACCCUGUGCAAUUUGAUCGCCGAUUUUCCGGAUGUCGAUGCGCGAGUCUAUGUCGAGGAGGAGGAUCCGCUCUUACAAGGCAGCGGGUCGGAUGCCUACGCGCUGGGGCCGAAUCCUAAGAUCCGAAACAUGAGUCAAGCAUACCGUGAGGCAAAAGGCGAUAUCAUUUGGAUUAUCGAUUGCAACGUCUGGGUCGGGAAGGGUGUCUGCGCGCGCAUGGUGGACAGACUGUGUGGAACGGGUGCUACGCCGGGGAAGAAGUACAAGUUUGUGCACCACUUGCCUUUGGCAGUCGAUGUCACGGGUGAGAGCAAUGUUCGGGAGCAGCGACAAGCUCUCUUGGAUGCUCGUCCCGAGGCGACGGAGGCCGAAAUUGCCUUAUCCUCCAGUCGCCCCGAAGACGGGUUUGUAAACACAGUUGCUACCGGAGGUGGUCGUCUCGAGGAAUUGUUUCUUUCUUCCGCUCACGCGAAGAUGUACACUGCGAUCAACACUGUCCUCAUUGCGCCAUGCAUCGUGGGCAAAUCCAAUAUGUUCCGCCGCUCCCAUCUAGACUAUCUGACCGCAACACCACCCUCUAAGCACAAAGCUCGCCUGCCUGGUAUUGAUUUCUUCUCUGAGAACAUCUGUGAAGACCAUCUUAUUGGGGAUUUACUAUGGCGUCGGCAGGUACGUGAAGAGAAAGAGCUCGGUGAACGCUGGGGCAAGCAUGCCAUGGUCUUUGGAGACCUGGCUAUUCAGCCAGUGGCAAACAUGAGUGUCCGGGGAUACAUUGCCCGACGAGUGCGUUGGCUUCGGGUCCGCAAGUUCACUGUGCUACUAGCAACCCUUGUCGAGCCCGGGACCGAGUCAUUUGUAUGCUCCAUUUAUGGCGCCUGGGGCGUUACAACAGCGUUGGCACCGUACAUGGAGCGCAGAGGAUACGGCCUGGCCUCGAACUUCACCUCUUGGACUGCAUUCUUUGCACUUUUCGUCCUCGGAAUGAUUCUUUGGGUUCUUGUCGAUUGGACCCUCUACAUCAAACUGCACUCCGCCAAGGCCAUUGAAUUAGACGAAGGCACGCCUUGUUUUGCGCGGCCUGUCCGCCCUCACUCCCAAUCGACACGUCGGACUUUCCGGCAGUGGUUUGCCGCAUGGCUGGGCCGUGAGCUCCUUGCAUUGCCCAUUUGGGUCAUCGCUGUCUAUGGCGGUGUGACUGUUGUCUGGCGAGAUAGACGUUUCAAGGUCGGGUUUGACGCUAAAGUUCGGGAGAUUGACCCCGAGGCUUCAGAAGGUUCGUACUCGACAAGCUCCGUGGUUGAUUGGUUCCCUGUGUCUCCCCAAGAUACCGAUGGGAAGGCAGGUAAAGUGGCGGGAAAAGUCCGUCGAGACUAA